UGAAGCCCAAAUAAACCCCUACCCUCACUCCUCUCCUUCCCACUCUCCUCUCCUAAUUUUCCACACACUAAAACACACACACACACAUUCUUGUUCCAUUUCUCUAAUUAAUUCCAAUGGAAACCCCAGAAUUCUUCCAAACAGAUUACUACACCUCCCAAUUCACGGCGGAGAACGCCAAAACCUCCGACCAUUUCGUCAUCGAUGACCUCCUCCACUUCCCCAACGACGACUGCAUUGACGCCGACGACUCCUCCGCCCCUCUUGACAACUCUUGCAACUCCACUUUCUCCGCCGCCACCGCCGAGCACCCCUAUUUUCACGCGGCUGACGUCAUUUCUAAUGAACUGCCCCUGCCGUAUGAUGAAUUAGCUGAGCUGGAAUGGGUAUCGAGCUUCGUGGACGAAUCAUUUUCAAGCGAGGAUUUGCAAAAGCUUCACCUAAUUCAAGGUUUGAAGGCCCGAACCAACGAGGCCCCACAGGCCCAACACUACAAUUUCCAGCCCAACCCAGCCCAGACCGGCCCGACCCUCCUCUCCAACAUGCCGGUCCCGGGCAAGGCCCGGAGCAAGCGCUCCCGCGCCGCCCCAGGCAGCUGGACCUCCCGCCUCUUCAUGGUGUCCCCGACACCCGAGGCACCACCCGCCAUGUCAUCCUCUUCAGGGUCUGGCGUGGCGGGCAAAAAGCCCGAGGCGGCCCGGAAGAAGGAGGCCCCGGGCCCUGGGAGGAAGUGCCUCCACUGCGCCACGGACAAGACGCCGCAGUGGAGGACAGGGCCUAUGGGCCCGAAGACGCUGUGCAACGCGUGCGGCGUCAGGUACAAGUCGGGCCGGCUGGUGCCGGAGUACAGGCCGGCGGCCAGCCCGACUUUUAUGCUGACGAAGCACUCGAACUCGCACCGGAAGGUGCUGGAGCUGCGGCGGCAGAAGGAGGUGGUGAUGGCGCAGCACCACCAGCAGCAGUUCCUCCACCACCACCACCAAAGCGUUAUUUAUGACGCCGACGAUUACUUGAUCCAUCAACACAUCGGGCCGGAUUUUCGCCAGCUGAUUUAGGGCUUUUUUAAUUUUUGAUUUAGUUUGGUAGUGUUUUUCGUCGAGAUUUUUUUUAAUUAUUAGGACAAUCGAAUCCAAUCUCAUCGAAUUUUGACGGGCUUUUGUUUUUUAGAUUUAUCAUGAUUACAAAUGAAAAGAAAAUAGUAUAGGCCUGAAAAAAAAGGAGAAAAGAAGGCUAAUGUCCUAAAUUGAAGUGUAGUUGAGAAAAUAAUUAUUGAACA